UCCGUUGGAUCAACCUGCUUGGUAUCCUAUGGUGCAAAAUGAUGCAGGGUGCUGUAUAAGUAUGUACACCAGGCACACUGUAUCCGAGCUCCGAAGCGAGAAGGUGAACGCCUGAACAGUGAACCAAACUCGAAGAAGAAAUAAAAAGCGGAAAAAGGGAAAAUAAAAUUAGCAAAUCUGAAAAUGGCAAUGGCAGCUCGUUUAAGAUCUGGCCUUCCUCUCCUCCGCCGGGCCCUCAACGCCGGUAACCUCUUCGCUGCCGAGAGAUCCGUAGCUUCAAUGGCCGCCGUCUGCCCGAUUGUCUCCAAGCCGGAGGUGGUACCCCGUAAGAAAGAGCUUGAAAUCACUAGUAACCAUCCUUCGCGUCUUCCUGAAGAUGUUUUUUUACAUUUGAAUUGGCUUCUUAAUGGCUUUAUCCCCCUAUUUUUGUGGUUCGCAAGGAGUUACGCGAGUAGUCCUCCUGCAAAUCAGCCGAAAGUCAAGACAUACUUGCUGCUUGCUAGUAGUUAUGGAUCUUGGGAGAUCAGUGUCUCAACCAGGAGAGUCCACUACUGUAUCUGCAUUACCUGGGUGGAUAGUGAUAUAGUCAUUAUCAUUUUUGGUCACACUAUCUCGGAAACUGUUCAAAAUUGUCCUCUUGCCAUCAUCGUUGUCGUUCCUUUGAAACUGUAUGGCGUUUCUGGGAACUAUGCCACAGCUUUGUACAUUGCAGCAGUUAAAGCCAAUGUGCUUGAUAAGGUUGAGUCCGAGCUGCAUAUGUUAAUCCAGGCGUCCAAGAAAAGCCCAACCUUUUCUCAAUUCAUGAAGGAUUUAUCAGUUACUGCAGAUACAAGGGUGAAAGCUAUAAAGGACAUUUGUGCUGAAACUAAAUUUUCUGAAAUCACGAAGAACUUCUUGGUAUCCAUCAACUUGUUUGUCAUCUUACCAACAGUUGUUGUAGCCGAAUCUGGGAGGCUGGGGCACUUAGAUCGUAUAGCACAGAGAUUUUCUGAACUGACUAUGGCACAUAGAGGAGAAGUUAAAGCUAUAGUGACCACUGUGAUUCCCCUUUUCUUCACAACUCAUCUUGUUACCCCUUCUCUGCUUUCUCUUGGACAUGCUAAAGGGCACGACUCAAUUCACGAGCUCUUGUGUCUGCAGCCUUUACCUCCAGAAGAGGAGAAAGAGCUGAAGGAAACACUGCAGCAUAUACUUGGACAAGGGACAAAAGUUAUAGUUGAGCAGAAAAUUGAUCCGAGUAUUCUUGGUGGGCUUGUGGUGGAAUUUGCGCAGAAAGUGUUUGACAUGUCCAUAAAGACUAGGGCUGCCCAGAUGGAGCGAUUCUUACGCCAGCCUAUCAACUUGGAUGGCCACUAAAAGUUUUGUGCUUCUCAUCAGAAGGGCUCGCAUCCUGUUUGUUUACUGUGAUUUUGUUGUGAAAACUGAAACAUGCAUUUCAUUUGUAUUUUGAAGGGUAAUUCGGUUCAUAGGGCCUGUUUUUUCCUAACAUUGUUGAAGUGCUGCAUGCAAAUAAAAGCUACUCAUCCUUUGUUCUUCGACAGGAACUUUC